AAUACAGUACCGAGUACCGACGUCGUUGAUAGCGGCUAUCGAUAGCAGAUAAAGUUAGCGGGCCACUCGUAGCCACCAAAAAUGUGAAGUGGAUAAGUGGAUCCACGAAUUUGUCCCGCACUUGGAGCAGAGGCGCAACAUUUCUGACGCAUCGCAUUCAAAGUGGCGUCGUCGAUUCCCUUCAGAUUCAAGGCGGGCAGCAGCGGCAACAUGGCUCCCUCAGUCGCAGACGGUCACCACCACCGCAGCACGACGAAGCAGCACAAGAAGGGCUUCAAGUCUCGCCAUGCCACCAAAAGUGCGCUGAAGGAGGUCAGCAAGGGCAAAGUCGAGGCCGUGGGAUUCGAACGCGGCAGCCGCAAGACGCCCCACCAGCAGGUCAUGUCGAAAUUCGACCGUCGCAACCGCGCGAAGCAGAUCCGCGUCAACAAAGACCACGAGCACGCCAAAGCCACGAAUGUCUUUGCCGGGCGAGACAGCGCACCGCGCGUUGUUGCCAUUGUGCCACUGUGCGCCGACAUUUCUUCUGCCUCGGCAGUGCGAAGCUUGAAUGCGGCGCUGGAUAUUGAGCAGGACGUUCCUGAGGCGGGAUGGGUGCGCACAAACGUGGACCGCUUCAAGCAGAAGAUCCAGUAUGUGACUAUGCAAAGAGACCUCCUGGCAGCACUCGAUGCUUGCAGAGUAGCGGACUUUGUCGUCUUUGUGCUGUCCGCUGAGGAGGAGGUUGACGAGGAGGGCGAGCUGAUCCUAAAGGCUGUCGAGAGCCAGGGUCUCACGAAUACCUUCACGGUUGUACAGGCGCUGGACAAAGUCGAACCCGCAAAGCGCAAGCCGCAGGUCGUUGGGUCGCUGAAGUCGUACAUUACACAUUGGCUGCCGACCAUCGAGCGCGUAUACUCGCUCGACAACCGACAGGAAGCCUCGAACCUUGUACGAUCGAUAUGCACAACCCACACAAAGGGCAUAAGAUGGAGGGACCAAAGGAGCUAUAUGUUCAUUGAGGACGUUGCGUGGCCCUCUGGCAAGUCCGCAGUCAACGAAGAUGGCACUGGAGACGUUGUCUUGACUGGUGUAGUCCGUGGGUUAGGAUUGAAGGCCGACAGGCUGGUUCAGGUCGGCGACUGGGGCGACUUCCAGGUUGAUCAGAUUGUAGCCGCUCCUUUGGAGACACGAAAGAAGAAGGACGGCGACAUGAUGGUUGAUGCGGAAGAAGAGGUCGUGCUGGAGCGCCCGACAGAGGACCAGGAUGAGCUUGCUGCUCUCGCGCCUGAGGAGACGCUCAUGGACGACGUCACACAAUACGCUGCUUCUAUUGCGCCUACUGAGCGCAAGGGAGUACUGCUUGACGACCACCACUACUUCUCAGACGAGGAAGACGAGGAGGCCCGCCCACAACCCAAGAGGAUGCCACGGGGUACCAGCAAAUACCAGGCUGCGUGGUACCUGGAGGACUUCUCCGACUCAGACUCUGACCUCGAGGAUUUCGACAUGGAGGACGCCGAUGAGCCUCAGAGUGCUGUUGCUCACCCGGCGGACGGCGAGGAGGGCAUGGAUAUCGACGGAAAGGCGAUGACUGAGGGUGGUCCUUCAGAAUACCCGCAGUCUGAGAUGUUCCUGGAUCCCUCGCCAGAAGACGAGGCCGAACAAAUCGAAGCCUACCGGAAAUCGAGAAAAACGGACGCUGAACAGGAUCUCGAGUUCCCGGAUGAGAUUGAACUGCACCCGAACAUGAACGCACGGGAGCGUCUCAUGAAGUACCGUGGAUUGAAGAGCUUGAGGCAGAGUGUCUGGGAGACUGAUGAGGACCGACCAUACGAGCCCGAGGAGUGGCAGCGCCUGCUCGAGAUCUCCGAUUACAAGCGCACAGCAACAAAGUUCAUGCGCGAAGCCUGGGCUGGCGGCGUCAAGCCUGGCACACGGGUCAACGUCCACAUCCGUGGCGUUCCCCUACACUUCCAGCAGUCACAAUCAAGCCCAGUGGCUAUGUUCUCGUUACUCAGGCACGAACACAAGCGCACAGCUUGUAACUACAGCAUCCUGCUAAGCUCUGACUACGGCAACACCAUCAAGUCCAAGACCGAGAUGAUUGUCCAGUGCGGUGCCCGCCGCAUGGUCAUCAACCCUCUCUUCUCAGCAGCAGGCAACACGCCCAAUAAUGUCCACAAGUUCGACCGCUUCCUGCACCCCGGCCAGAACGCAAUCGCCUCCUUCAUGGGCCCGCUGACCUGGGGCAACGUGCCGCUGCUCUACUUCCAGCGCAGCACCUCUCCCGACGCCGUGUCCUCCUCUGGUCUGCAGCUCAUCGGCACCGGCACCUCGCUCCCGCCUUCCAUGAACCGCAUCAUCGCUAAACGCGUCAUCCUCACCGGCCACCCCUACAAGAUCAACAAGCGCGUCGUCACCGUGCGCUACAUGUUCUUCAACGACGGCGACGUCAGGUGGUUCAAGAGCCUGCCGCUGUGGACGCGCAGGGGCAGGAGCGGCUUCGUCAAGGAGAGCCUGGGUACGCAUGGAUAUUUCAAGGCGACCUUUGACGGCAAGAUCAACCCCAUGGAUGCCGUCGCGGUUAGUCUGUACAAGCGCGUGUGGCCGCGCACGGCGCGGGCGUGGAGCGCGGCGGAUGACGCGGCGGCCGAGGGAGCGGCGCCCAUGCUGGUGGAGAACUAAGGGCCGCGAUGAUAUGACUUGCAUGAUGGUAGAUACCUAGGUAGACAAAAUGGGCACGGCGUUCUU